CGUACGUCCUCGAGGGCUCCGUGGGCAGCUCUUACGGACGCCAACACAGAGCCCGACGACGCCAGCCUUUCUCUCCCUCCUCCGUCCUCCAUCUCCACCCGAUCUCUCUCUCUCUCUUAGGGUUUGCGUGGCCUCUCCACUCUGACGAUCGAUGGCGGGGAUACGGUGGUCGCCGGAGGACGCCGAUCUGCUGCCGGCGCGGCCGCCCGGCGAUCCGGUGUCGGACGACGACCGGUCGGUGGCGGCGGACUCGUGGUCCAUCAAGAGCGACUACGGCAGCACCGUCGACGACGACCAGCGCCAUGCCGACGCCGUCGAGGGCUUCCCCGGCUGCAGCUUUCCGGCCGCGUCAGAUUACAGCUCUGACAAAGAUGCUCCUGAUGCCAAUGAGGUUGAAACAUCAUUGAUGGGCUCACAAAGCUACUGGAAUUCUACUUAUGCUGAGGACCUUGCGAAUCUCCCUGAGCAUGGGAAUUCAAGCGAAGUUUGGUUUGGUGUUGAAGUCAUGGAUAUUCUUGUCAAGUGGACAAAAAACUUGUGUGCCAGCAUCUGCCAAGGUCUAGAUCGAUCUGAUGACAAUAGCUGCAAAGCUGAACCGGGUGACACCUUCAGAGACUUGUCCAGCUGGCGUGUACUCGACAUUGGAACUGGGAACGGUCUGCUUCUGCAGGAACUUGCAAAGCAAGGGUUUCAUGAUCUGACUGGAGUUGAUUACAGCGAGAGAGCUAUUGAGCUUGCCAAAACUCUUGCUGUUCGUGGUGGAUUCUCCUACAUAAACUUUGUGGUCGACGAUGUCCUUGAGACAAAACUUGGCAGGAGCUUCCAACUUGUUAUGGACAAAGGGACUUUGGAUGCCAUAGGGCUACAUCCAGAUUUUCCUGUCAAACGGAUGAUGUACUGGGACUCUGUCUCGCAUCUGGUUGCUCCGGGCGGGAUACUGGUAAUCACUUUAUGUAACCGCACAAAAGAUGAACUACUGCAAGAGGUUGAACAAUUCAACCAACAAAGGCUUGGCUCCCAAGAAGAGAACUCAAGCACUGAGUCUGCAGUCUUCCAGUACCUCAAUCAUGUUCAGACCUAUCCUACUAUAACUCUCGGCGGUGUCGAUGGGUCUCGCAUCACCACUGUAGCACUAGUCCGCCUUUGACUGGUUCAUUGUUUCUUUUUAUUCUCCCUUUUAGAGUUGAUGAACUGGCCUCUGCCUGUCUUCUAUUCUCACUUUGGGAGUUCUCUAAUUUCAUUUGGUUUUCCUCCAUUGUCUUGACAGGUUGUCACUUGUCAGUUACGUUGAUGGAUUUGUCAUGUGGACCUGCUGCCAUUUGACUAAUGUUUAUCAAAAUUUAUGUGGAAAAAGAUGCUAUAAAAUUGAUGGAAA